AUGGCUCCCGUGCAGGAUACCAUGUUCCGCUCGUCGGAGAUGAGCAUGGUGCAGCUGUACAUGAGCAACGAGAUUGGCCGCGAAGUCGUCACUGCGCUUGGCCAGCUUGGCCUGCUUCACUUUCGCGAUCUUAAUGGAGAGUUGAGUGCUUUUCAGCGAACCUACACAAACGAGAUCCGUCGACUCGAUAAUGUCGAACGACAACUCCGAUACUUUCAUGGGCAGAUGGAAAAGGUGGGCAUUUCGCUCCGCAAGCUUGACCUCGACAACGAUGACCUCGCCACCCCGAACCCUGCCGAUAUCGAUGAAGUCGUUGAACGAAGCCAGACCCUUGAGCAGCGCAUUCAGCAAUUGAACGAAAGCUACGAAACCUUGAAGAAGCGAGAAGUCGACCUCACUGAGUGGCGAUGGGUUCUUCGGGAAGCGGGCGGCUUUUCGAUCUCUCACGCUCGUGCCGCCGACGCCGAGCGCUCCUUCUCGGGCAUGAACAUUGGGUUCGUUGCUGGCGUUAUUCCCCGGGACCGCGUGGACACAUUUGAGCGGAUUCUGUGGAGAACCCUGCGUGGUAAUCUCUACAUGAACCAGGCCGAGAUUCCCGAGCCCCUUGUCGACCCCUCCACCAACGAAACCGUCAACAAGAACGUGUUUGUCAUUUUUGCCCACGGCAAGGAGAUUCUCGCCAAGAUCCGGAAAAUCUCCGAGUCGAUGGGUGCCGAAGUGUAUAGCGUCGACGAGAACGCGGACCUUCGCCGAGACCAGGUCCAUGAAGUCAAUGCCCGCCUCGCCGACGUGCAGAAUGUUCUGCAAAACACGCAGACUACCCUCCAGGUCGAGCUCAACCAAAUCUCACAGUCGCUGUCCGCUUGGAUGGUCAUCAUUGCCAAAGAGAAGGCUGUUUAUAGCACCUUGAACCUCUUCUCGUACGACAGGGCUCGCAGGACGCUCAUUGCUGAGGGCUGGUGCCCGACUGCCGACCUUCCUCGUAUCCGAUCCACUUUGCAAGAUGUGACGAACCGAGCUGGGCUCUCGAUUCCCUCCAUCAUCAAUGAGGUCCGAACCAACAAGACGCCUCCCACCUUUAUUCGCACCAACAAGUUCACGGAGGCGUUCCAGACCAUUGUCAAUGCUUACGGAACGGCCACCUACCAAGAGGUCAACCCCGUCAUCCCUGUCAUCGUCACCUUCCCCUUCCUCUUCGCUGUCAUGUUUGGUGACGUUGGCCAUGCCGUCAUCAUGCUUCUGAGCUCACUUGCCAUGAUCUACUGGGAGAAGCCACUGAAGAAGGUAACCUUUGAACUCUUCGCCAUGCUCUUCUACGGAAGGUACAUUGCCCUUGUCAUGGCCAUCUUCUCCAUCUUUACCGGUUUCAUCUACAACGAUAUCUUUUCCCUGUCCUUCACCCUUUGGCCCAGCGCUUGGGAGUGGGACCACCACCCCUCUAGGGUUGGCGAGAUGGUUACUGGCGAACUCAAGGGCGACUACCGUUACCCGAUUGGUCUUGAUUGGAUGUGGCACGGAACGGAGAACAAUCUGCUCUUCACCAACAGUUACAAGAUGAAGAUGAGUAUCAUCCUCGGCUGGGUCCACAUGACCUACUCGCUGUGCUUCUCGUAUAUCAACGCGAGGCACUUCAAGAAGCGAGAAGAUCUGCUAGGCAACUUCAUCCCUGGCAUGAUCUUUUUCCAGUCCAUCUUCGGAUAUCUUGUCAUCUGCAUCAUUUACAAGUGGACCCCCGGUACCAUUGAUAUCCAGCUCUACCCUGGCCAGGCCAUUGUGCAAAAGUUCCUUCUUCUCGUCGCACUUGUCCAAGUUCCCAUCAUGCUCGGUCUGAAGCCUUACAUGCUGUGGAAGGACCACAAGAAGGCGCGUGCCAAGGGUUAUCGCGCAAUCGGCGAAACCUCGCACAUUGUUGCCGCGGAUGACGAUGAAGAUGAGGACGGUGCCCGCCUUCUCAACGGCAACGGUCGCGACAGCUUCGAAGACGGCACGCCUAUGAUCACGGAGAAUAUCUCCGAUGACGAGGAACACGAGGAGUUUGAACUUAGUGAGGUCAUCAUCCACCAGGUGAUUCAUACGAUUGAGUUCUGUCUCAACUGUGUAUCCCAUACCGCCUCUUACCUCCGUCUUUGGGCUUUGUCGCUGGCUCACCAGCAGCUCAGCUCCGUGCUCUGGAACAUGACAAUCGGCCCCUGCCUCAAGAUGACUGGCGUCAUGGGAAUCAUCGCCAUCGUCAUCAGCUUCACCAUGUGGCUUAACUUGACCAUCGCUAUUCUUGUGUUGAUGGAGGGAACGAGUGCAAUGCUUCACUCCCUGAGGUUGGCAUGGGUAGAAUCCUUUUCCAAGUUCGCCGAGUUCGCGGGUUGGGCCUUUGUGCCCUUCUCAUUCAAGACUCUAUUAGAAGAGUCGGAGGACCUGAAAGAGUUUAUUGGAUAG